AUGGCUGCUCCUUCAGGCUUCGUCCCAAAGCAGGCUAUGCUUUUUGAUGAUAAACUGUUCCAGAUCAUCGGUGCCGACGAGACUCUCACAAUCGCCCAGUAUGAGAUGAGCAUCUUGCCUACCUUCCCUCUCGACUCCAUCAUUCACGACAAUGCAUGUGGUCUAGGACCAGUCACCCAGAGCAUCCUGGCUACAUCACCAUCUGACACCAUAAAAUUCCACGCUACCGAUGUCGCUCCGCCUAUAAAGCUGGUAUUCUCUAAUUCCACUUUUGCUCACUCCUUUCUGUCCUUCGGCUUGCCCAUCAUCGAUGACCCAGUUGCCGCUGCCAAAGAAAUGUACCGCACCCUCAAAACUGGAGGCACUGCCAUCACGGCCUUCUGGCUGUCGAUCCUGCAGGGAGAGUCCGCUCAGGAGACCCGUCGUGCGGUGUGGGGCCCCGACACACGGCUCGCAGUUGAACCGAAGAUGAGGCACAACGACCGCGAGUACAUCAGGAACCAACUGGUAGAAGGCGGAUUUGGAUUCGAGGACGUGCAGCUUGCCAUCGGCCAGCCGGCCGGUGGGUGGAAGAAAGAGGAUGAGGAGAAGUGGGAUACGGAGGUGGCUAAGUACAAGGAUAUCCUCACUAAGAAGGAAGGAUUUCAUGUAGAUGGAGAUAGCAAAAUCACUCUGGAGGCUGUUGCUCAUGUUGCUAUUGUCAAGAAGCCCAACUGA